CUCAGCACGCCCCCUUUGUCCGGGUUAGUGUGAAGUUUUCUUUCCACACCACUUCGAAGAGUCCGAACGUACAAAUUAAACGAAAACGGUUUUAAUUAAUCGGUUUUAACACUAUGAUUGGAUUUUAUUGAUAUGUGUUAUCGAUUCUAUCGGUAGUAAAAGACUAAACCGAGAGAAGGAUCAGUGGGGAACCGGAGGAGUUUGAGUGAGUACGAUUGACUGAAGUUUGGCCCGUAACGACCGUUAAAACAGACUUUCAGGUCUGUACGGAAGUCCGUGUUAGGCAUAUUUAAGAGAGCUCCGGAAGAGCAUCCUGGACAAAACACACACACAAAUACACACUUCCCAGACCCAUGUGGUGAAUAUUAGCAGGAUAAGCUCAUCUGUAGUGCAUUGGACUCCAGCACUGUAAAACGGCAAAGACUUCGGAAGUGUUUCCAAAUUUUUUUUUUUUUUUUUUGAACUUUUUUUUUUACUGGGAUACAGUUCACUAAUCUUCUCUUUUGGAUUACUUUCUGGACUUGACUCGGAUCGGUACUUCAUAAUGCUCUUCAAUGGCUGCAAGCAGUGCAGUGGUUAGCAUGCAGAAUGAGAACCGGACCUUUGUCCACUACAGGAUGGAGGCAUCCUGUUUGGACCUGGCUCUGGAGGGGGAGCGUCUGUGUAAGGUGGGGGAUUACAGUGCCGGCGUUUCUUUCUUCGAGGCCGCUAUGCAGGUUGGCACAGAAGAUCUACAGGUUCUGAGUGCCAUCUACAGUCAACUGGGCAAUGCCUACUUUCACUUGCACGACUACAGCAAAGCUCUGGAGUUCCACCACCAUGAUCUUACACUAACUAGAACCACCGGGGAUCGGCUUGGUGAGGCCAAAGCCAGCGGUAACCUGGGGAACACAUUAAAGGUUUUGGGACGCUUUGAUGAAGCGGUGGUCUGCUGCCAGAGACAUUUAGAUAUUGCCAGGGAACUGGGCGACAAGGUGGGACAGGCCAGAGCACUUUAUAAUUUUGGAAACGUGUACCACGCCAAAGGGAAGAGUGUCUGCUGGAGUGGAGCAGAACCUGGAGACUUUCCUGAGGAGGUCAUGAUAGCACUUAGAAAAGCCGCUGAGUACUACGAGGCGAACCUUUGUAUUGUGAAGGAGCUCAGAGACAGAGCAGCACAGGGCAGAACUUACGGAAACCUGGGUAACACAUACUACCUUCUAGGAAACUUCAGGGAUGCAGUGGCCUCUCAUGAACAGCGUUUGCUUAUCGCUAAAGAGUUUGGUGACCGGUCUGCAGAAAGGAGAGCCUACUGCAACCUGGGAAACGCUUGUAUAUUCCUUGGGGAGUUUGAGAGGGCUGCAGAACAUUACAGGAAAGCUCUACAGCUGGCACGGCAGCUCAAGGAUCUGGCGGUGGAGGCUCAGGCCUGCUACAGUCUGGGCAACACAUACACACUGCUGCAGGACUAUGAGAGAGCUAUCGACUACCAUCUCAAACAUCUCAUCAUCGCUCAGGAUCUCAAUGACAGGAUCGGAGAGGGCAGGGCCUGCUGGAGUUUGGGAAAUGCACAUACAGCACUAGGGAAUCAUGACCAGGCCAUGCACUUUGCAGAAAAGCACUUGGAAAUCGCAAAAGAGACUGGUGAUCGUAGUGGGGAGCUCACUGCUCGCAUGAACGUCUCAGAUCUUCAGAUGGUCCUCGGCCUCAGUUACAGCACAAACAAUUCAGUACUUUCUGAGAACAAAGAGAUUGACUACAACCUGCACGGAGCCAGACCCAGGAUGAGCCGACGGCACAGUAUGGAGAACCUAGAGCUGAUGAAACUCACACCUGACAAGAUCAAUGCAAAUGGUCAGAAGUGGACCAGUGACAUCCUCUUCAAGCAGUCCAAAUCAUCACUGGCCAAGUCGUCCUCAAAGCUCUCCUUUGUCAAUCGUUUCCGAGGAAAGAAGCACAAACUGCAGAGCAGCUCCAGUAAAAUCCUGCAGGAUACCAGCAACACACGGGAAGCUCCUCCAAACAAACAUGGGAGUAGUGACAUGUUUGGAGACGAGGGCUUCUUUGAUUUGCUGAGUCGUUUUCAGAGCAACAGGAUGGAUGACCAGCGGUGUGCCAUACAGGAUGGGAGAAGCCACCUGUCUGUCAAUUCUAGCUCCGCUUCCCGGCCCACCACCCCACCUACAACCAUCAGGAAAUCAUUCUCAGAGUCGGCUGCAUCUCCGGGUCAGGAGCCGUUUCUCAGACUCUUGGCCAGCGCUCAGGGCAGGAGGCUGGACGAGCAGAGGGCAGGAACAGGAAACAGUCUGCCCGGCCUGCGCACACUAUCCGAACACAGCGGCACUAGCAGCAGACAGAUGAUCCUCAGCCAGGUCAUGGCCAGCACAGACGCCACCGAACCCGACGACCAGUUCUUUGACAUGCUCGUCAAGUGUCAGGGGUCUCGUCUUGAUGAUCAAAGGUGCGCCCCUCCUCCGCCCUCCUCUCGUGGCCCCACCGUCCCAGAUGAAGACUUCUUCAGCCUCAUCAUGCGCUCGCAGGCCAAGAGGAUGGACGAGCAGAGAGUCACGCUGCCCUCCUGCCGCUGAUCAAACAUAAAGACUUCUGAACUCCAUAUUCAGAAAUGAGCUCUUUCUCAUGCACGAGCAUUACAAACCUCACGCUGGCAAUACAAACACAAUGAUGGUCGAGUAACAUGCCAUCAGUAUGAACUGUGCCGUGUCUGCUACAUGACUAUGAAUGGCAUUUUGUGUACAGCUGUACUUAGCAACUCUGGUGGAAAUGUCUUUGUAAAUAACACAAUUUAAUUUUUUAUUAGAUUUAAGCUCUUUGUACAUUUGCAUUUGUUAGAAUUUUAAAGGUUGUUUUAGUUUAGGAUGCAUUGCUUUUGAUUAUGAUCACGCCAAUGACUCACAAAUGUAUCUUUUGAUACAAAACAGUUGGUUUAUUUGUAUUUAUUAACAUUGUUACUACCACUAGUUACCUUUCAGUUAUGUAGUUGUGACAAAAAAUAUCACUGUAUUAUUUUUUUUGGAAUGUCACAUUUCGUUUAUAAAAAAGUGGUUAAGCUAUGUCAAAGUGGAUGAUAUGGUAACAUUUGUAUAGAACAACUGUAUAGAAAUAAAACCUGUACAGAAAUAU